AUGAUCAUCAACUAUGCUAGUGAUGAGCUUGGUAGUAAUGACCCUGAUGCUUCUGAUGGGGAGAAGGAACCAAAAUAUCCAAGGUUUAAGAUGCAGGAUUUGGACAAGAAUUAUAAAUUCAAAGUGGGAUUGGAGUUUGUAUCACUUGAAAAUUUAAAGAGAAUGAAGAAAUGGGUUGGAACACACAAAUGUGGUAGGGUAUUGAAUAAUAGUUUUGCCACUUCUAAGUGGGUUGCAAAAACAGUGGCGGCUAGGAUGGCAUCUUCAGAUGGUGUUAAGAUUUAUGGGCUUAAGAAAGGCUUCACAACAUCUUACAGGUCAUUCAUUGGAGUUGAUGGAUGUCAUCUUAAGACUAAGUAUGGAGGGACUCUUCUUAUUGCAAUUGGUAAAGAUCCAAAUGACCAAUAUUAUCCCAUAACUUUUGGUGUAUGUGAAACUAAAACAAAGGAGUCGUGGAGGUGGUUACUUACCUUGCUUUUGGAGGAUAUUGGUCAAGAAAAGAUAUGGGUUUUCAUCUCUGACCAACAAAAGGGUUUGAUCCCUGUCUUUGAAGAAUUGUUUGAGAGGGUAGAACACAGGCUUUGUCUUAGAAAUUUAUAUGCCAAUUUCAAAAAUAAGUUUGGUGGAGGGACACAGAUCAGAGACUUAAUGAUGGAUGCUACAAAAGCCACAUAUAUCCAAGCCUGUGAUGCUAAGAUGAAAGAAUUGAAGGAGCUCAAUAUGAAAGCUUGGGAGUGGUUGUCAGGCAUACCUACCAAAGCAUGGUGUAAGCAUGCAUUUUCUUUUUAUCCUAGAUGUGAUAUUCUUAUGAAUAAUGUAUCUGAUACAUUUAAUAGCACUAUAUUAGUGGAAAGAUAUAAAUCAAUAUUAAGUAUGUGUGAAUGGAUAAGAAACUAUCUCAUGAAUAAGAAUGCUAACUUAAGAGAAAUGGAUGAUGGAUGGAAUCAUAGGAUAAUUCCUAGACCUAGACUUAGGUUUGAUAAGGAAUUGGAACAUGUAGGGAAUUGGAUUCCUAAUUGGUCUGGUGACACAUUAUGA